CAUCCAUUCAGUCAAGUCGAACCAGAAAGCAAAGCAGCGGAGAAGUAGCUCGGUUUUCGUACGAGUUUUUCGCACCGUGUUAAGAGACUUCGAGUUUCAAUUUUACGUUGUUAAACGCUUUCCUAAACCUGUUAAAAUGGUCGGAUUUAGACGCGCGAGUGUUCACUAGUUGUGGUUCGGGUGGAUUCAAGCUUCAGGGAAGCCAAGGAUUCGCUUUCGUUAUUCCGUUUUUGUGCACACGUUAGUUCUGCUGGAUCUACGCAAGGCCCUCACGUUGUGUGGGGUUUAGAUGUGUAGCGCUUUCCGUUCUACGCCAGUGUUGGUUUGUCCGAGAGCUCCGAGAGGCAGCAAACGCUGCAUUAGUGUAUAGUGUUCAUCAUUUUCGAAACCAUCAUAAUCAUCAUCAGCAGCAGCAGCAGUUUUGGGGCUUUUCCUUGCCGUCGCCUUCACUGAGAGUAAGGAAAAAGUACGCACGGAAUGUGCUGCUUCGAAAAACAGCCAAACGACCAAUAGAACCGUGUGUGGAACCAUUUUCAUCUUUGCAGACUUGAUUUAAGCAUAGUAAACGGUUCCGAUAAGGAAGGUUUGCGGUUUGGGCCAUUCGGGAGACAAGUAUUGAAGUAGCAGCAAAAUAAACCUACACCGUAGCGGUCAUGGAGCUACGUGUCGGAAAUAAAUAUCGAUUAGGGCGGAAGAUUGGUUCCGGCUCUUUUGGUGACAUAUAUCUUGGAACCAACAUUUCCACUGGGGAAGAAGUUGCCAUCAAACUCGAAUGUAUCAAGACAAAACAUCCGCAGCUUCAUAUUGAGAGCAAAUUCUACCGAAUGCUUCAGGGUGCCAUUGGUAUUCCAACAAUAAAAUGGUGUGGAUCUGAGGGGGACUACAAUGUAAUGGUCAUGGAAUUACUGGGCCCAUCGUUAGAAGAUUUGUUCAACUUUUGCUCAAGGCGGUUCACCCUCAAGACUGUGUUACUUCUGGCGGAUCAGAUGAUUUCCCGUAUUGAUUUCAUACACUCGAGAAGCUUUAUUCAUCGGGACAUCAAACCUGAUAACUUUUUGAUGGGACUCGGAAAAAAGGGCAACCUUGUGUACAUAAUUGAUUUCGGUUUGGCCAAGAAAUACAAAGAUUCUAAAACGAUGGCACACAUUCCUUAUCGGGAAAAUAAAAACCUAACAGGAACGGCCAGGUACGCUUCUAUAAAUACCCAUUUGGGUAUCGAACAAAGUCGGCGAGAUGAUCUGGAAUCAUUAGGCUAUGUGCUAAUGUAUUUCAAUCUGGGCACGCUGCCAUGGCAAGGUCUGAAGGCAGCUAACAAACGGCAAAAGUAUGAACGGAUAUCGGAGAAAAAGUUGUCAACACCAAUCGAGGAACUGUGUAAAGGUUUCCCUCCAGAGUUCGCCUCUUAUCUCUCUUACUGCCGUCAGAUAGACUUCACCCAACGUCCCGAUUACGGUUAUCUAAGAAAAGUUCUCCGAACAUUAUUCGCCCGGCAAGGUUAUACGUAUGAUUAUGUAUUUGAUUGGAAUAUGUUGAAGUUUGGGGGCUCAUCACGUCACAACAAUACCAACGAGCGAAAUAAAACAGGAGCCGUAGUACAAUCUAGCGAUCCGACGGCCAUCGGAACCAGUAUGGUAGCCACAGCAGGCGGUGGAGUAGUUACAACCGUUACCGGAACAACGGCAUCACUCGCGAAAAAUGAUUCCUGCAAGUUGGUAUCGAAUCGAUUGCUCCAGAUGGUGGCCCAAUCACGACCACCCGGUGCAGACCAACAGCAAGUUCCUGGUGUUCCCGGGGUUCCACAGCAGCAGCAACAACCUGUUCAUAAUAACAACGCUGGCAGUGCGAAUCCCGAACCGAUCGCCACCUUCCCUCCCCGACAUGACACACCGGAACGUCGAUCAUCUAUACGCUUGCGUGGUCAAAAUUUAGACUCCAGAAAUAUUGAAUAAUAUUAAAUGUUGUCUUUAAGUUUUUAUUAUUUACAUAUAUAAUUUGGAUAGAAAUGUGAAAAACAUAAAAAAGAAGUGCAACCCCUCUCAUCUAUUGGUAAGCAGAUUACGACAGAUCAUAUAGGGUAUCCGCUUGCGGAGGUUCACGACUGAAGGGCUUGGCUAAAGAUGAAAGCUGCAGUGUGGCAACGAGUGCGCCCGAUGGACCGGUCAGUUCUACCAUUUUUUUUUCUUUUAACUGCUGCUCUCACGGAAGAACGUGGUCCAUCGCCAUUAUACAUAGAUUAGUUAGAGAGAAAAUAUACAAAACACACAAGCAGCAAGAUAUAAGCGCCAGGAAGCGAUGAAGAAGUUAAAUUUAAAAAAAAAAACUUAUAUGGUUUAUUAGUUUCUAAGGAGUCUUAGAAGAGAUUCUUUGCGGCGUAGGAAGUUCGAUCUACGGAACAAAGAGAACCAGUGCGCACUGGAAACAAUUAAUUUCAGAAGCAUAGAUAUAAUGGAAUAAUUAAUUAACUCAAUAAUUAAUAAUAUUACUGUAGUAACACAAGUUGAAUAAAAAAUGACUAAAUAUUCUUGAAAUCCGAUAAAAUCAACAUAGAAUCACACAUGACGCAGCCAGAUAAAUUGGAAACAUGAAAUAGUUUUUUUUUACUUUGAAAAAGUCUACAUAAUCUGGAACAGUUGAAAUGCAUCAACCGCCUUACGUGAGUUGGACUUCAAAUAAUCAAACAAUUGUAGGAAACCCAACUUGUUCGUAAGAUUGUAUGCUAGUGAGAAUACAAAAUCACACUUACCCCCUCCCUUAUCAUCUAAUAUAAUGCGACGAUGUGUAAAAAAAAUUAAAAAAAAAAUACACAACAAUGUAUUGCUAAUAUUCAAUUUUAUCAAUGUGUACAAUUACUUUAUUCGAAAAUAUUAAAUUUUCAACAGGAUGAAAGCAAGGUAGACAGUUCUGUUUGUUUCUAUAAAUAUUUUUGAAAUGAUGUUCAGAGGAUAGAUUAUUCGUCCGAAAAACUAGAGGAAAGUGUAGACAUGGCAAAGCUUCUAAUUUGUUUCUUUAAUUUUACGUAAACAAAUCGAGUUUUAAAAUCAACACGUUGAUGUUGUUUUUGAAGUGUGAAGUUUAUGUCCUAAAUAGGUUGAAGAAUUUUUUUUCAAAUAAGUUUGCGUAUUUUUAAAUUUCUCAGCUAGAUAGAUUCUGUGGUUCGAUACGCUCGAUAUAUUACAUCUGUUGCACGUUUUUUAAUUAAAACUAGUGAAAAAUUGUGCCUGCAUAACAUUUAUUAAACGCAAAAAUUGAUGCUGUAUACUUGGUCAAUUUACAAAUAUUUUGGUAAAUUUGCAACGAUCAUUGAACACAGAGCUAACAUAGUUUUUGGUCGAGCACAGCUGACCCGGCCCAGUUUUGGAUACUUAUCUGUUCGUGGAAUGGCAUUAAGGACAAAAAUAUUCUUUUCAUGCAUCAUAUCAAUGUUGUUAUUGCAUAAAUUUUAAAUUUCAGCUUGUGAUGUACAUAGAUUAUGAAAAGCUUUGCUAAAUGAUUCGAUAAAAUGCUAUUUUUUAACUACAUAACCUUCCUCUUGCUGCUUAUGAAUACUGAAAUGAUAAUGCAGUAUUUUUGGUUCGAUGAAAAGUAAUAACAUAUAAAGUCACGUGGUCCCAUGAUUCAUUAAUUAUAUUUGCAAAUAAAGAAAACCAAUCGUGAUAGUAGAGAGUUAAAUUGAGUGAUGAUGGAUUAUCAGAAAUCGUGUGACCGAAUUGAAAAAAAAAACCGAUCGUAAAAAAAGGAAGCACUAAUUCGUUAGCAAAUAUUCUUUUGACUUUCCCGGCAGAAAUCUAAACAAACAAAAAAACCUCGACUGUACAGAAAAUGAAACAAGAAAUAGAGAUGAAACCUAUAAAUUACAGAAAUAUA